AUGGACAAUCUCGGCCAGCCCAAACCCCGCCAUCAGUACGUACUUUACCCUCAGGCCGGCCGCCGUGGGAUCAUGGUACACAAUGGACAGUAUCCCAACGGUGCGCCUUACGUCGGCAGUACUGGCGGCAUGGGAAUGGGCAUGGGUAUGGGCAUGGGCGCGAUGGGCUACGGCGGAAUGGGCAUGGGGGGCUACGGCUAUCCUGGGGUAAAUGCUCACAUCUCACCUCUCUACUACGGCCCGAACGUCUCUCGCAGCACGUACAGCAACUACGCUGGUUUCAUGGGCGGCUAUACAGGCUUGAGCUACGGCGUGUCUUCUUAUCCCACUUAUUCUUACUCUUCUCCCUACAUUUCCCCUUACGCCUCCACCUUCGGAUACGGGUGUGGUAUGUAUGCUAACUACUAUCACCCGUAUCAGAGGACCUACUACGGCAUGAACCCCACCAUGGCUGGCGGCGCGUAUUCCUACUCUUACCCCGGCAUGCAAUCGACGAUCAUCCCGCCGUCCACCACCACGUACACGACCGUCACGAACUCUGCUGUUCCCGUCGCGGUGAACCCAAUGGCCACGACAACUACGAGUACGACCAGGAUGCGUUCGCAAAUGCACUCUUCGCCUGUGCAUUCGGUUUCCCGCGACGACGUUCAAUACGAGAACCGCCGCGUCGCAAUGGAGCGCGGCUCCUACGCCCCGAAGGCAAUCAAGCCGGCCAGUGCGCAUCCGGACGAUCCGUUUUGGUGCAUGGAGCGCACCGGUGAGUGGCACCUGCGGACUUACUACCAGAUCGAGAACGAGUGCUACCCUGGACGCUGGCUUAUGGAUGCGGAGCACGGUUUCCUCGUCUUUCACCGACAAAGGUAG